AUGCUUCGUCUCUGUUGCAGAACCACCCGUCGUUGUUUCCACUUCUCUCUCCUCCGCCGUUCAUUCUCAUCUUCACCGUCUUCUUCUUUAACAAAGCGCAACCCGGAAGACUCCGUUGAUUACCCAAACAAUUUCAAGAAUUCCCAACGUGUCCCUCCACCGCCAAUCCUCCACCACAACCCAACCCUUCUCUCUCCUCCUCCCUCCUCUCUCUCUUGCAAGUCCCUUGUCGCUAUAUCCGCAACCCUAGUUUCCGCCAUUAUCGCCUCAUAUGCAUUGAUUUUACAAAACGACGACGUAAAACCAAGGCAACACAGGUCGAAUAAUCCAAUCUACAAUGAAAUUGAGCACGCAAUUGAUUAUUCUAAUGAGUCGUUCAAGAGAAUUGUGCACCGGUUCAAGCAGACCGGUGUGGCGGCUUCGGUAUUGUGGAAGUCGUUGAGGUCGGUUUUGUCUUCCGCAAACCAUGAGGUUCGGGUGGGGUUUGAGCUUAGGGUUGCGUCGUUUUUAGCCGACAUUGUGGCGGCGAAUGAGAUUAGGAGGGCGUCUAUUGUUGGAGCUGGUGGCGGUGCGGUGGUGGAUUGGCUUCUGGAGACGGUGGCGGUUUCCGGGGAUAAUAUUGGGACCCAGGUGGAAUCAGCCAGGGCUUUGGCGUACUUGGUUGCUGAUCCGAACGUGUCUGAGAAGGUCCUUGGGAGGCCUCACGCCGUUCCCAAUCUUCUAAGGUUCAUUUUCUCUGCGCAGCCUCAGAAAUCGAAAAAACAAACAAGACAUAGUUCAUUCGAUAUUUCUGAUUCUUUGAAAGGUAGGAGCAUGCUUGUUGCAGCUAUUAUGGAUGUUGUCACUUCCAACUGUGACACCGUAAACAAGGUAUCAUUUAAGCCCUCGCUGCCCAGAAAUGCUGAAAUGAGAGAUAUUGCGGCAGCUAUUGAAGUCAUUGAGGAAGGUGCCAUCCAUUUGGAUGAGACACAAGGGAGUGAAGAGGAUAAAGAUGGUGGAGAAGGAAUGAGGGGCAUUGGAAUCAAAGUUCUUGGAGGUACAACAGUUUUGGGCCUUUCGAGAACUGAUGCACUUGUGGAGAUGGAGCACUCUGAUGGCAGUCACCUAACCUCAGUUAAAUAUACACCUAAAAAUCUUUUGUUUAAGAAAUUCAAUGACAGUUUUUCAGGACAAGAAAAUUUGUCAUCUGCUGUUGUUCCUGGCCUCUGGGAUGAUUUGCAUUGUCAACAUGUUGCUGUGCCAUUUGCUGCAUGGGCGUUAGCAAACUGGGCAAUGGCAUCAGAGGUAAAUAGAUCUCAUAUUCAGGAACUGGAUCGAGAUGGACAUGCUGUCAUGACGGCUUUAACAGCACCAGAGAGAUCUGUGAAAUGGCAUGGAAGUUUGGUGGCUCGUUUGCUGUUAGAGGACCAUAAUCUGCCCUUGAAUGAUUCUGUUUCUGAGUGGAGCUCUAGUCUUCUUUCUACUGUUUCUCAAGCAAGUAAAACUGAAGACAUAUCUUUGGCUCAAAUGGCUUUGUCUGCAUUUUUGGUCUCUAUUGAGAGAAGCCCUGGGGCACAGGAAGUAGUAAUGGAGAAGGGUCUUCCUCUGAUGAGAGAAACUGCUAAACAAACAACAAAGCAUAAGCCUGUACAGGAGGCAUUGGCAAAGGCUUUGGAAUCACUUUGUGCAAGGAACUUGCAUUUGUCUCUUGAAGAAAGUCAAAAGUGGUCAGGCAUUCUGCUUCCUUGGGUUUUCCAAAAACCGUCGUCUGACAUAUUGCUAUCUUCAGCAACAAAUAUUCUUUCACAUAUUCUUGAAGAUUACGGGCCAUCUGCUCUACCAAUUUCUCAAGGAUGGUUGGCUAUUAUGCUAACGGACAUUCUUGGUGCCAGGAAAACUGCAUCAACCAAAGGAAGCUCUCAGCCUAAGAGUGACAAAGUGAAGACUCAAAUUGAUCAGUCGAACAUAAUUUCCGCUACACAGAUUGCUAAUCAGUUGGCAGGUGCUGUUGUUAAUUUAGCAGGAACCCAGAUGGGAACAGCCACUGAUAAUGAUGAGACAUUCCCACUUGCAGAUCUUCUUUCUCUUGAACCUUUUGCAGGACCACUUAAAAAUCUGAAGAAAGAUAGUCUUCCUAAAUUUGAUGCUGCAGAUUCCGCAUUGGCCACUCUGAAGGGUAUUAAAGCACUGACAGAACUCUGUGCUGAAGAUUUUCUUUGCCAAAACAGAAUUGCUGAUUUUGGGGUCCUGUGCUUGCUAAAACGCUUUUUGAUUGCUGAUUUUGGGGUCCUGUGCUUGCUAAAACGCUUUUUGUUGGGAGAUGAUUAUGAACAACUAGCUGCAAUCGAAGCAUAUGAUGCAUCACGAGACCUGGAAGCACAGGAUCGAGGUUCAGCUGUGCCCAGAGAAUCUUCUGUUGCUGAGUCUAAUGAUUCUUCUAGAGUCAGGGUUCCACCUACGGCUCACAUUCGAAGGCAUGCAGCUCGGCUGCUAACUAUUCUUUCUGUGCUUCCAAAAGUUCAGAAAGUGAUCGUAACAGAUGAAGUUUGGUUUAAUUGGCUUGAGGAAUGCGCCAAGGGGAGAAUUCCAGGUUGCAACGACCUUAAAAUUCAAAGUUAUGCGAAAGCAACACUGUUAAAUAUAUUUUGUAGUGACCAAAAUGGCAGAAAUCCUGCUAAUGAUAAUGUUCUGGACAGCAGCAUUAUGAACACAAAUCAUACCUGCCCUCAUUAUGCUGACAUGAUAUUUUUAAUUAAUCCUGAAUUGCCGCACUGGAAGUGUCCAGGAAAAAAAGAUCUAGACAUCACUAGUAAGAGACCCACAGAGAAGUCAGACGAUGCUAGUAAUUCUGUGCCAGGUAAUGAUGAUUAUUCCGUUGCGACUGAGGACGGACCGUUAACCCGAGCUGCCCAUGAUGAUAGCUCAUCUACUUCUACUAGCGGAUCUGAAAGCUGCUCACAAUCAGAGUUCCCUCCACUGGAUGUUGUCUUUGUUCAUGGCCUGCGUGGUGGGCCUUUUAAGACUUGGCGCUUAUCUGAAGACAAGUCAUCAACCAAGUCUGGUCUUGUAGAGAAGAUUGAUGAAGAGGCAGGGAAGCAAGGAACAUUCUGGCCAGGAGAAUGGCUUCCAGCUGACUUCCCUCAUGCCCGCUUGUUUAGUAUCAAAUACAAGACGAAUCUUACACAGUGGUCUGGAGCAAGCUUGCCUCUUCAGGUUGGCCUUUCUUAUUUGACUACUUAUCAGUGUUAGAACAGAUGUUGCUUGGAUCCUAAGGCAUGCUUCAUCCCUUGCAUGCUGACCGUUAAAGUAGAAUGUUUGAAAAUAUUUUGGGAACUGCCUAAUAUUAUGGUUAAUAACAAUCUAGUUUUGAUUUGGGUCAAGGGGUGACAGUAAGAUGGUUCUUUCGGUUCUUUCUUAACCAGACCUCAUGGUUUGAAUAUAUGAUCAAGUCAAUCUUUUGACACUUCAGUCUCAGCUUUGUCAUUUGACUAGUUUGGUUGCUUUGAUCUGCCGAAGUUGGAGUCUAUUAU